AAAUUUUACAUUUGAAUUUUCAUAAAGUUUGGAAGUUAAAUGUUGUGUUAAAAUCAUUAAACAAAUGGCAAACUUUAAGCACAGUGAUUGCUAAAAUCUACAAUGCUUAUUAACCUACAUGCAUGUUGUCAACAGAAUUAAAUGAAUUAAAGGCGUGUAUGUCACAAUGUAACUAUAAUAUUGUAAACCUAGAUAAAAACAAGCCCACCCAACAUUGUCCACCCCACAGCUCAUCCCACUUUAACAAUGAUAUAGUCCAAUUUGGGUGGUACUGGGUGAUUUUUGUCUGAUUUUCUAUGAAGCCUGAUAAUACGGGACAGUGAAGAAAGCUCAUUAUCUAAAUCCAGUGAUCCGAAUCGAGGUUUAAUUGUCCGAGGAAUAUCCUUACACAAUCGGCAUAACCACAAGUUAGAAAGUAUAGGGAACCAAGUAAGAUUGAAAGUACUAAUAAUAAUCACGGCAGCUAAUUUAGUUAUGCCGAGAUUUUCACGAUUUAAUCAGAGGUUAUACUCGUACCCCCUCGUACGAUUCAUUUAAAAAUUGAAACUACACUGUUUUGGGGACUUUUAACAAGGACUCGCGAAUGUUUCAGUGACGAGGAUUAUGGCAGUAUUUUAAUAAUACUAUGUCAUUGCAUUGUAUUUGAUCAACAGUUCAUUACAUAUCAUCGAUUGGAAAUAAUGGUCACCAAGAGGAAGCUGAAAAAAUUAAUCUUGUUACUGAUAAUAAACUUAAUAAUAUGGAUGUUACUUGGAUCUUGGAUUGGAUUAAGAGGGAAACAGAAUAAUGAUGAGACAGCUGUUCAGAAACUUUCUGAAAAAGUCUACAAACAGAAGCAAUUAAAAGUUAUUCCCCAGAUGAAUCCAUUAAUGCCAGAUUUAGAAGAAACGGCAGCAAAAAAGUCUUCUAAUUCUAAAGAGAAUCAGAAAACAGAUGUGAUAUCUGUGAAAUGGCUGACUAAAAUGGAGGAGAGGAUGGAACAAAGGAGGAAUACCAUAGCAGGAGUCUGUGCGUCAAAGGACUUAAGUCAAGGACUGAAAGAAAUAAUCUGGCAUAAAAAGAAGAGACUCUGGUUCAUGAUAGUUAGUGACACUUAUCGACUAAUGUAUGCAUACGUUUCUAAAGUCGGCUCAACUAACUGGAAAAGUGCGUUUCUUGUACUGAAAGGAAAAUAUGCUAAAGUAGAAGAUGUUCCGGGGAAAAAAGCUCACGAUCCAUCUUUGAGGAAACUUAGUCAGUACUCACCUUUAGAAAUUGAGUUUCGCUUGCGAAAUUAUACAAAAUUUCUUUUUGUUCGCCAUCCUUUUGCCAGAGUGUUGUCCGCGUACCGCAGCAAACUAGAGCGAAAGACCGGUUCUUUUAGAAAAUCGUAUGGCAAAGUGAUCAUGGAGCGAUUCCAUCCAGAAGCAAUGCCAAAACAAAUUAAAUCAGGUUCUAAUGUAUCUUUUAACGAUUUUGUAAAAUAUCUUUCUGACCGACGGACUAAAAGGUUUGACGGUCACUGGCAGGUUAUCAGUAAUAUCGUGUUCCCAUGUGAUAUACAAUACGACUACAUAGGAAAGCUAGAAAGUUCUCACGAUGAUUCGGAAUACAUAUUGAAGAAAGCUAAAGUUGAUCAUUUAAUCCACUUUAAAACUACAUCAGUUGAUUCUUUAAAGAGCCACGAAAGUUCUGUGUUCAAACAAUAUUAUCAGAACAUAUCAGAAAUCGAGCGCGAAAAACUUUACAAGGUUUAUGAGAAUGACUUUCAACUGUUUGGAUACGAUCGAGACGACUUGCAAGAGUAUUGAAAAAAAAGCAACCGUUCUUUAAAUACUUAACAUUCAAAUAAAGACAUUUAGAAAUGAUAAUUAUAAUAUAGAAUCUUUCCACUUGUUUUUAUAAAUGUAAUAUAACUUU